GCUACAAGCCAGUGCACGACUUUCUGUUCGCUGUAACAUCAUAUUACUUCACGUCUCUGAUAAACGUUUACAGUAAACUAGGUUAAUAACGAACACUCUUAUAACGACCUGAGCAUAUAACGAACUUUCUUUUAGUCCUGGCCAUUUGUUGUAUAGAUCUAUAUGUUGUAUAUGUAUUCGCUCACCCAGUUUCGGUUUGAAUUGCCCAACUGUCGUUGGUCGAGAGUCGCUGUGGGCGGAUCUAUACAACGAACACAAGUUGUGCGUUGUGUGUUGACGGACUAGUCUCUCGAUGCCGCGGCUAGCUCUGCUGUGUAAAAGGUAUAGGUGAUAGGCGAGUGUCAAUUAUGGUGGAUGUUCUGCCGGCCGGAGCUCUGGGGUUGAACCCUGUGUUUCAAAACAAUCUCCCAUACUUAUAUAAUGGGGUUCCUAAUUCUAACAUCUCCCCAGCUAAACACAAGGACGUGAACACCGCUAGCUCCGAUUGGGGGUUGUCGGACGACAGUACUGUCGACAAUGGGACAUCUACAACUCCACCAGAUAGUAAAGGCGGGUCUGGUGACUGUGCCACGCCCUUCAUGAAGGACAACGGUCACAUCCACAGGGUGAACGCUGACGCACAGCCACCAGUAGCGCUGAAUCCGGCACCGGGUGUUCGUGACAAGACAAUUCCUCUCGAGGCAGUGAUUACAUGUAAGACAGCUCCACCUGAUGAAGAACCUCUGAUUGAUAAAUCUAAGUUGCCACAGACACGAGACGUACAAGACGACCUUCCCAGCUACAAUCAGGUCGUGGGUAACGAUGCAAAUAAUGUGUACACUGUUAUUGUACCACUCAGACAAACAGAAGACGACACGUCAAAUGAUGUUUCCAUUCCAGAGAGUCAGGGGGAGAAAAGCUACAAAACUACAUCUUUACAAGAUCCGUUUUGGAAGAAAGUUGUUGCCAUAUUUUCAAUAUUGGAUGUGUUACUUUUGAUCACGAUACUUGUUGUGGGGUGUGCAGUCAAGCAUGACAAGCCACUGUCAGCUCCUAGUGACGACAACUGUCUGAAGUGUAUGGAUGUGUAUCUUACUGAUGAUGACAGACGUGAUAACAUUUACAAGUUCGACAUCAAGGAGGGAGACUUGUGCUGCUCCAAGAACCACACGCUUCUCAUACAGAAGUACGUCCUGAAGCGUUACAAGCAUGACCAUGCAAAGGCAUCAGCAGAGAGAUACAAGAACAUGCCGAAGAGAACCGCUGUCCAUGUCGACCUUGACCUUCAAGACAACAACUCUAAAGCAAAGGGUGAGAACCAGCUCCUGAAGUGGAGUGGAGAGGAUGCUCUGAUUAACGGGCACCUGACCUUGACCUCCCCGGGGACACACAUACAGUUUGCACGUGCAGGCUUGUACUACGUCAACUCUAAAGUGGUGUUCGCCGACACGAAGGCGAGUGCGGCGACGAAGGAGUCUGUGCUGUUGCUGCAGGUGUACCGACGGCGAGGCGGUCAGGAGAUGCUGCUGCUGGAGAACAAGUCGUCCCAGUGCGGGGAUGCUGACAAAGUCUGCAACGUCCCCAGCAGCGCCCAGGGGGUGUUCCAGAUGGAGGGGGGUGACCAGGUGUUUGUGAGGGUCACCAAGCCGUGUGGUCUUGUGCUGCAACCCAGGUACAACUACCUGGAGGCCUACCUGGUGUAGCGCGUGGGAACAUGUUUUACAAUAUUGUUGUUGAAUUUCUUCAUUAUUUUUGUUAAACGAAAAAUAAAAAUAAGAUAUCAAUCAUCCGUCGUAAGUUGUGUAUGAAUGUUUUCUUUCAGCGAAACAAAUCGUCUGUCAAUUAACUUUGUGUAUUAAAGUUGCCACAUCGGUUUUCGAUUCAUA